GUGGAUCUCUGUGAACACUUAAAGCACAAAGGUGUGGGAAAGUCUCCUCCCCUGUAGUGCUGUUGUCACACGAGCUGUACGAACUCAGGUGUGUGUGUGUGUGUGUGUGAGUGAGUGCGGUGUGACGGGCUGAGGUGUGGGGUGACGGUGGUGUGUGUGGGGGUCCUGCCUAGCUGACCACACAGAAAAACUUAUAUCAUUUCUGUAAACCUGAGUGAAGUUGUCUCCUCCAUUUGUCGUAAACUCAUAUAAUGAGAGUAAACGUUAAAUACAGCACUGUAGAAGAACAACAUACGAAUACAUUAGUCGUCAUAAACCAAGAAAAAGAACAAAACUAAUAGAAAAUUAAUAAGCAAUACGAGCAAAGGACAAGAAAAUUAGAUAUUAGUUGACUGAAAAUGGAAGCUAUAAGGUAACAUUAAAUUAGUCGACGUUACUAGAAUAAACAGACAGCAAAUUAAAAUUCUCCGCAAAUCUCACAAGUCACAGCGGCGGCGUCGAGAGAAACAUCCAAACAAGCAGAGCGGGAGUGUGUCCAGCACAAGUUCCGGGAGCGGUACAAAUAGAGGCGCGAGACGAGUAAACAAGCUCAUCCACACAAUAAAGACGAGAGGCUCUGACAGGGCUUGGCGCCGCCGGAUAGAAAGUGUAGUCAUACACCUUAUACACACGAGGGUGACGUUAACGAGGAGAGCCACGGUGAAGGAGGAAACAAGUGACGAAGACAAGGAAGAGAAAAGAAAACAUAAGGCGAGUGAGAGAAGAGGAGGGAGGUUCUCCUCCCCUGUAGGGCCGGAGGGCAGAAGGUUCGGGGUCGCACUGGAGAAAGUGGAACGGACACGCCCCCUCCACCAUGACGAUGUUGUUGCUGCUGCUGCUGCCCCUGCGUGACUCGAUGGUGGCGGCGACGUUGGUGGUGGCCGCCCUCACCUUCCAGUUGGCUGAGUGUGGGAGCGGGUCGGUGGAGCGUCUGCUGUGGUCGCUGCAGGAGACUAUGCAAGGUGGACCUCGGUCAUCCCAGCUCUCUGAGGCACUCAAGCACUUCAAGAGUUUCUCCUGCACGGCGCGUCAGGAUGGCGUCUAUCCCGACUUGGCCUCCGGCUGCUCCCUCUAUUAUAGGUGUCUGCAUGGGGCGGUGUACUCGUACUCGUGUCCGGCCGGUGAGGCCCUGGACUACGGCAGUGAGGAGUGUCGCCCGGAAGGGGAGGUCACCUGUCCUCCCCUGCCCCCCACCUCCCAGCCCUGCCACAACCAGACCAGCGGUUACUACCCUGACUACGUUCAGGGCUGCAGGGCUUACUACAGGUGUAUCAACGGGAGUGUGUCGGGACGAUGGUGGUGUGACGACGGGGCGCUGUGGGACGCCUCCACGGGGUCCUGUGGGAAAGGUCCUCGCUUAGUAUGCUCCCCUCCCUCCUGUUGGGGACUUCCCGACGGCCCACACCCUGCUCCUGCGACCUCCUGCACCUCCUACUUCACCUGCAGCGACGGCGUCAGGACCGACCAUGUUUGCCCCUACAACACUAUAUUUGAUUACUCUUUAAAGCGGUGUGUGGCCAGCACGUCGUCUGUGUGCUACGAGCAGGUGUGUGACGGGCGAGUGAACGGCCUGCACGCUGCCCCACAUGCACCAUGCCACUCUUUCUUCCGCUGCUUCAACGGCGCUCUUGUCAAGCUGGAGGAGUGUCCACGACACCAGGUGUUCGACGGCCGUCGGUGUAUCUCAAGUAGUAACUUCUCUUGCUGGGGUGAGGGCCGGGGGACCUGUGAGGGACGAGACGAUGGAUUUCACGUGGCCUCCGAUUCUGACUGUCGUGGGUUCUUCGUGUGUCGCCACCAGCAGUUUAUCCGCUCCUUCAUAUGUUCACCUGGACUUGUUUUCAAUGGUCGGGAGUGUGUGGAUGACCAAAACUCUAUCUGCACCUCUCGGCCGCGCCUCCCAGACUGCACUACCAAGAUUGAUGGGUACUAUACUCUCGAGAAGACUGGCUGCAAGACAUUUUUCUAUUGUCGAGGAGGAAGCAAGCUGAGCGAGCACACGUGUCCAGGUAGCCACGUGUUCAACGGGGAGCAGUGUGUGGACCCUAUGUUGUACCCGUGCCCAGGCCGAGCAGGCCUUCAACACCCGAGAAACUUCACCAACAGAGUCGUCCGAUCUCGAAGAACACGUGAUGCUGACUGUGGUUCACACCCCAAUGGUUACUACCUUGACGUAGCCUCCCACUGUACGCAUUUCUUCUACUGCCGUGGAGGGACAAAGGAGUUGACUCAGUCUUGUCCUUCUCAGCAGAAGUUUAAUGGCCACCGCUGUGUACCAGAAGAUGACUACCAGUGUCCAGUCAUUCCUGGUGCACCAGAGUGCACCUUGCGAGGCGAUGGAGUCUAUCAAGACGUACAAGAAUCUUGCAGUUCAUAUUACCAGUGUAUCUCUGGCGUCAAGAUGAGAUACAAGUGUCCCGAGGGUCAACUUCACGACGGACAGGUGUGUCGGGCGGCCUCACAGGUGUACUGCCCGUCCUCAACGCUCUGCUACUACCGCGACAACGGCAACUUUGUAGAUACUGAUCGAGGGUGCCAAGGCCACUUCCUCUGUCAGAAUGAGACGCUAAUGUGGUACCGUAUGUGUGGCCUUGGUGAGGUUUACAACGGGCAGGAGUGUGUACCACACUUUUUCUACACUUGCCCAAGCGGCGUCGACACAGCUUGUGUGGCCAAAGCUGACGGGUUCUACCAGGACCUAUUAUCAGGGUGCCGGCAGUACUACAGGUGCAGCGACGGCGUGCAGCUGCAGAAGCAGGAGUGCCCCCGUAGUAUGGUGUUCAACGGUGUGGCCUGCGUCAGACACUCGGCCUACGUAUGUCCUGCUGAUGGCGCUAAGGACUGUGGAUCAAACCAGCGGGGCUUCUUCCAGGACGUCCAGUCAGGCUGCAGCAGGUACUACUACUGCUACGACGGUCGGAAGUUCUACCAGAAGUGUCCAGAUGGCAAAGUGUUCAACGGCCACACUUGUGUACUCAGCAGCCAGUACCGAUGUCCUGUGUAUCCGGUGGCAAGAGGAGGUGAAUGUAGCGGCGUCGAUGGCUACUAUCCUGACCUCAGCACUGGGUGUAGCAGCUUCUACUACUGCCGCUCUGGUCGUCGCAUCAAUUAUACGUGUACUGAGGAUCGAGUUUUCAAUGGUGUUCAGUGUGUACCCAAGAAUCAAUUUAGCUGCCCGACCAUUUCCUCUUGUAAGAACAAAAUCAACGGAUUCUAUCAAAACAUCUUAUCCAGAUGUCGUAAAUACUUCUACUGUUACAGCGGUUUCAAAUAUGAGCACACGUGUCCAGGGAAUCAGGUGCACAACGGCAGGACCUGCGUGCCGGCCUCCACCUACACCUGCCCGAGCGUCACAGAGGACCGUGACUGUAUGGGUAAACACACAGGUUAUUAUCCUGAUACAGCGUCUCUGUGCCAGAAAUAUUACAUCUGUGGAGACGGAGUAAAGUUACAGACUCUGACUUGUCCCCAAAACCAAGUCUUCAAUGGCCACUCUUGUGUACCUUUCUACAGCUACUCGUGUCCGUAUCCUUGGAAGAAUCCCCAAGAUCAUCAAAAUAUAAUAAAUGUUCCGUCACAGCAGUUAUUGUCCUCGGAGGAUGAAGAGAAGGGUGAACUUAGGUCUGUUUAUGACCCUACUCUCGUGUCCUCGGCCCAAGUUGUAGUCUCAAAAUCAGAGCCGUCAGUAGACCUACAAGUUUUCCAUGAUAACAGUCGGCAUGAUAUACCAGAUGAAUCUAAAGACACACUUCUGCCAGCUGAGUAUGCAUGUUUAAAUCUCCCUCGUGGAAGUUACUCCAGUAUAGAUGCUCAGUGUCAGCGGUUUCUGGAGUGUGGUGAGCGCCCGAGGUGGCUCAUGUGCCCGUCACCCCAGGUCUUCAGCCCCGUAAGUAAUGCAUGUGAGCUGCCAAGUCACGUCACCUGUCCCACUCAUAACCCAUGCCAGGACUUGGAUGACGGCAUCUAUGGCGAAACAGAGAGCCAGUGCCGUGCCUUCUACACCUGCCGUAACAAACACAUACACUUGGUAACUUCAUGUCCUGAGGGCCAAGCCUUUAGCCAAGUUGAGGGAAAAUGCCAGGAAGCAGGUCAAGUUGUGUGUGGUGGAGGGACUUUUGUAGCUGCCACGUAGCAAACACUGUUGUCUCCCGUCACCUCAACACACACCCAUUUUCCGUCCUGCACAACCUCAGGCCCUCCCUUCUUGCCACAUCGAUACGUCAUCUAUGCUUGAAUUUACCGAAGAGUUUGCUUCCAUUGUUUAUCGUUUAGGAUAGUAGCCUGUGUUCUGGUGAAGGUGUGGCGUCGCGGCCGUUACUGGCGCUUCCUCAGGCAUAUUGUGCUGCUGGCUGGUGAUCAGCCCCGGGCGUGGACCUCUGGCUGGUUUGGUCAGGUGGUGACGCCUCUAAGGGUAUCAGCCGUGCGGCGGCCUGGCGGGUCCAGUAGGCAGGUGCGUCAUACCAUGGCAGUAGCCAGCAUGUUAGAAACGUUUGUAUAGUACAAGCCAAACUUGUAGGCAGUUUUCUGCCCAGCUACAGUCUGUAUAACUAUAUUGUAAUGAUGAUUACUAUUUGUACUUUCUAUGAAAGACUGCUAUAGAUGUUUCGUGUUUACUAAUAGUGUCAAAGGUCAAAUAUAUUUUUCCAUUUCGUGUAUGACCAUAACCAAAAAUAUAUUAUGAUACACUUGUAAAUGUUCAUUGUAUUGUGUCUUUGUGGUCAUCGUCUAAUAUUUAUUCUUCUUGUCAAA